UCCGUCUCCGACCAAAACAAGGAGGAGUGUCUUCUUCUCAUCCCUCCAUGAUUCUCCACUCGUCCCUACCGCUCUUUCCCAAGUAUCAUGAGUUUGUUUCUGCCCAAGUUGUCGAGUAAAGAGGAGGUCGACGGGGCGAUCAAAGGAGUCGCCGAGAAGGUGCUGGUGCUGAGGUUCGGGAGAGACGAAGACUCCUCGUGCCUUCAACUGGACGAGAUUUUGUCUAAAACGGCUCACAACCUGAGCAACAUGGCGUCCAUAUACAUCGUGGAUGUGGACAAAGUCCCAGUCUACACCCGAUACUUUGACAUCAGCUACAUCCCCUCCACUGUCUUCUUCUUCAACGGACAACAUAUGAAGGUGGAUUAUGGGUCUCCAGAUCACACUAAGUUUGUGGGCAGCUUCAAGACCAAGGAGGACUUCUUGGACCUUAUCGAGGUCAUCUACAGAGGAGCAAUGCGGGGCAAGAUGAUGAUCAAGAGUCCCAUCGACCCCCAGAACAUCCCCAAGUUUGACCUCCUGUACCACGGGAUAUAGCACCCCCUACUACUGACCUCCAGGGCUAACGUACGACGUCUGCAGGACUCGUUGUCGUAGGAGGAGACACACCAAGACUUUGAACUCUCCUGACUCUGACACUCAAAAUACUUUGAACUCUGUCGCCAUGGAAACUGCUCAUGGGGCUUUGAUGAAAACUACUGUUUGCACUCACACAAAGUUAUCCUGGUAUUUUUUUAUGGUGAUUUUGAAAAGUUGGACAAUAUAUAUCCUAAAAAUACAUGUUUACAAAAGU